UUUAACCUUAUUCGUCAUCACGUGCUUGCCGAGUAUUUUGGUAGCAGUGCAGAAACUUGUUCGCUUCUUGUGAACAAUUGCAAAUGUAAACAACAACAAAAGCAGAAUUAACCAGAAACAAUGGAGGACCCACAAGGAAUUGGUGAUAACCAAGCUUCUGCCCCAACAAUUGGUGCAGUAUUUUAUGAAGUUGAACCUCGGAAAAUAAUGGCAACGAAGGGAUGUGUUGGUCUGACAUCAUUUAUGAUUUUGCUGAGUGUUGUGUUUUGCCUUGCCCGAGGGAAGUACGACUAUACUUUCUAUUUGAUGGCAAUUAACGUUCUCAUCAGUGCCAUUAUUAUCUUGUUUACGUGUUUCUGGUACAAGAGUGGUGAUUUGGAUCCCAGCAAAUGGUGGUUCUUGAUUGUGGUGAGUGCCGUAAUCAUCUUCCAAUGCAUCACAACCGAUAUCUACGUCUUUCAACACGAGAAUCCCAACGCUCCGGGUACUCUAGCGCCCCCAACGACUAAACCGGGAUUUCAAACGCUGCUGCCACGGACAACGAUAAAGGCGUUGUUGGGGCAAGCAGCCGGAGAAGCCGACUAAGUUCUACUUUGGGUUUUGUUUUUUUGCUACACUUAGGGAGGAUGGGAGGAGACACUGCUUCCCUCUUGAAAGCACUGUACAUACUUUUGGUAAAUACUCAAAAGUAAUUGUUAGCAUAAAAACUAACUUGGUAACGAGCAAUAGAUUGCUGGAU